AUAUACAUUAGAUUAUCUCGCAAAAAUAACAGUACACUUAUAUUGAACAAUGUUGUCGAGUUCUUUGACAAGACAACUUGAAAGUCACGGUUCAAAAAUUAGACCGAGUGAAUGUAGAAUAUGUUUGUUGAGGGACAAUCUACGAAAGUUAAACUUUUAAGUAUUCAGUUAUUUAGUGACAGUGUUUCAUGCUAGAAAUGGAAAAAAUAAGUAUCAAGUGAUUAAGAGCGGUUAACAUUUUUUGUAAAAGAAUUUUAAUCUCAUUCUUGAGUGGAGUGGUUAUUUUCUAUUAUUACAUAUACUUAAUGAUUGACAGUAAUAUUAUUUUUUAACAUUACCUCUAAGCGGAAAGUAGAAAAGAAGCUACAAGCUUUUUCAUAACAAAAUCAUAAUGCAUUCCAUAGUUCUAAAUUUUGAUCCUCCCUACCGCUUAAGAAUGUUUCGCUAGAAAUUCAUUCGAAAGCUGCUAGAUAUAAAAAGUUGCAUUAUUAAGAUUAACUAAAAAAUAGGCUAGUCAUUAAAAUGGCUUCAAGUGAAAAUAGCGUACAUUUGGACGAUGUAUUGAAAACAUUUGGUCCAUUCAAUCGAUAUAACGUUAGGGCUAUUUUAUUACUUAGUUUUGUGUUUUUCAACAACAAUAUGCAUUGUAUUAACUACAUUAUCGUUGCUGAGGAGACGCCAUACAGAUGCAAAAUAGACACUUGCGAGUCCCAAACCAAAGUUUUCCAGCCGCCGUGGUACAAUUUCACAGUUCCACAAGAUUCCAGAGGUUGUAAUCGGUACAGCUCAGUUAGCGAGGAAUGUUCGGAGUCCAGCUUCAAUGCAUCACAUGUAGAAACUUGCGAUGAAUGGGUUUACAAGAGGGAUGACAGUUUUGUUGCUGAGUUUAAUUUGGGAUGUCAAGAUUGGAAGCGAACCUUGGUCGGAACGAUUCACAGCAUUGGGUUGAUGAGUGGUCUCUUCUUCCAAGGACAACUAUCUGACAAGAUCGGCCGAAAAGCAGCGAUCAUGAUAGCGGGUGUAUCAGCCUCGGUGUUCGGCGUAGGCAAGAGCUACGCCAAUUCAUAUUCAGCCUUUGUAAUACUAGAGUGGUUUGAAGCUACGUUCGGUGAUAACUGCUUGCCAGCAUAUAUACUGGGAGUGGAACUGAUGCAUGGCGACUACAGACUUCAUCAGCAAAUAUUUUUUUGCGGCGUCGCUGCCCUGGGCGGUGUCGCGUUCGCCAUCGCAGCUUAUUUAGUUCCUUACUGGAGACACUUCGCCCGGGUGAUUUAUGCACCGUCUCUCCUUUUCAUAUUAUACUACUUUAUCUUGGACGAGAGCGUGCGAUGGUUGCUGAGCAAAGGAAAAAGAGAAGACGCAACGACGUUGUUAUUAAAAAUGGCUAAAGUAAACAAAAUUGCAUUAGAUGAAAAAAUGCUCGUCAAUAUAAAAUGUGAAGAUAACGCGGCCGAAAGUUCCCCCUUGAGGGAGACAUUCCGAUCUAAGAUAGUCAUUAAAAGAUUUUUAAUAUGCUUGGUAUGGUGGACGUCUUGUACGUUUAUUGCUUUUGGUUUGAUUGUAAAUGUUGGAUAUCUGGCUGGCAACAAGUAUUUGAAUCUUGGAAUCAUGUCGUUGACUGAUAUUCCGGCGAGUAUAACCAUGGUAUUCGUUUUGAAACGCUUCAAAAGGAAAAAACCUCUUUUUACAUCCUUUAUGUCGGCUGGGUUGAUGUGUCUUAUUCAGCCGUUUGUUCCUAAAGAAUACGUAUGGAUGUCAACCGGACUAUACUUCGUUGGCAGAUUUAUAACCACGUUCACGUUCGCCACAGUGUAUAUUUACACGUCGGAGCUAUUUCCAACAUAUUCCAGGAAUUCUAUGCACGCUUUAUGCUCCUCAAUCGGGAGGAUCGGAUCUAUUUUAGCUCCGAUGACGCCGUUAUUGACUCGGUACAUGGAUAGUCUACCAACAUUGCUCUUCGGCACUAUCUCCAUAGUAGCUGGUCUAACGACCAUGCUGGUGCCAGACCCGGCCAGCGAACCGCUGCCUGACAACGUACGGCAAGCUGAGAGUAUUGGCACCUAUCAGUUGAGGACCAUGCCUGACAAGAAAACUGAAGGGAAUAGUAAAACAUAGGAAUUGGACUUUCAGAAUAUUCUAAUGGAUCCGGUGGAUAUUUCUGUCACAAUUGUUAUUGAAAAAAUCUAUAUAGCAUAUUUAGGUCUGUCUGUUCUCCCCGUUCUUACUUGACGUUAAAUCAACUUAGAAGCGACCUGCUAAACAAAUUAAAAGCGGGCUAUAAAAACAACAAUUUUUCUGAAUAAUCCGAGAAGAGGAAAUCAAAUAGAAAAGGUUAUUGACAAAUCCCAAAACAUCAGCAAACUGAAGUGGCAGUGGUUAGAUCAUGCUUGUCGUAGGGGAAUCCUUAUGUCGUCGAUAUUCCAUCUACUCGCACGACACGUUUUGCGUC